AUGCUCUCAAGUUACAUUAAACGUAAACAUGAAUAUGGUCUGGAGAUGGUUGAAAGGACUGAUGGACGUGACUAUUUAGAUAUUUUAGAACAAUAUCGUUUGCAAUUUAAAUGGAUUAAAAGAUUGAUGAAUUUAGAAGGCCACUCUAAAAGAGUUGUUUUUAGUCCACCACCAUUUGAUCAUUUACGGGUUGAAGUUCAAGGGCCAUUCAAUAUUCAUCCGGACCCGUUGAGUAUAUCUGAACAUACAUAUGAAGCCAGUGAUAUAUUGAUGUUAGAAACGGAGCCUCUUAUCGUUUUGGUUGUAGCUUUCAAUAAUGGUCGAAUAGACAUUUGUCUUGAGGUCGAAAAGGUUGAAGCUAAGUGGCAAAUUCCAGAUAUCGUACCUGGAGAAUUCACGGCUCAUAAUAUAAUACUUUAUGAAUGUAUCGAUCUUGGCUACAUCAAACAUUAUGUUAUACCAACUUCGGGUUGUAUACCACAACUAACAACGUCAAUAAAUCAUCCAUGUCUCGUACCCGAUCCUUAUUAUCGAGACACAUUUUAUGUAUAUCAUCUGGCGGGUGCACAUGGAAUUAAUGUUAAAGAAUGGCUGGAAGAACUGCGAAAAGUUGUAAACGAUCCAAAGAAUAAGGGUUCUUCUGCAGAACUUAUCUAUGAAUCAUUUUUUUCAAAAAACCUUAAAUCUCAGAUUAAUUGGAUUGUUUGUACUCUUCCAAGUGAUCCGGAUCCUUUAAUUGGACUCACAAUAAUGGAAGACAUACAAUUGUGUCAUGCUGCAUUUAUGCUUUCAUCUACAUACGGUUUCGUUUACCAUGAAUUAUCGGCUCGUAAAUCCUCCAAUAAUAUUCUUUUUAACGAGGAAUUAAGUCCUAUGAUGACUUCUGACUUACCAAAGGUUAAUCCAAUGCCAGAUAUUUUGACUAAAUUUUUAAAUAAUCAAGGUCUCUCACGUCAACCAAUAAUGGUAUCAUCACAUAGUCAACAAAAUAAUCAAGGAAAAUCGUCUUAUGAAAUUGACAUAGAAUUUCUUCAUACUGUAAUGGGAAAUAUUCAAAAAGAUGUUUAUGAACUUAAGGAAGCUGCGAUGGCUCUUCAAAAGAGGUUUAUUUUUCAAACUAAAGAAUUUCACCGCCAAGUUGCUGAAAUAGCCAAUUUACGUAGAAUUAUCGAAAGUUAUUCUGAAGAUAAAGUACCACAAUUGAAUGAGCGGUUGAAUACUUUGAGAAAUAAACAAAAGUAUCUUGAUAGUAAAGCUGAUAGAUUUAUUCAAAGGAUAAUGAAUAAAGGAGAUCUGACUUUAAGUGAAUUUGAGAAACAAUACUAUGAUUCUUUGGAAAAAAUAGCAAAAGAAAUUAAGGGCGAAAAUGGUCUAAAGAACAAAAUAAUGAUGCUUCAAAAUCGUCACAAGCUUUUGCAAAGUGAUUAUAAACUCUUACAACCCGAACCAGAAAAAGAUCAAAUGGGACAACCUAUAGUUCUCAGUGGAAAUCAAUUAAGCAAAGUUGAAAAUGCAUUGGAUAAAGAGAUGGAACUUAUUAAUAAAAAUAAACAAUUGAUUGAAGAAGUUCAAGAAAAGUUGAAACUUAUUAAAAUAAAAAAAUGA